AUGGCACCCCUGGAGAUUCUUAUCGUCGGCUGUAGCAUCGCCGGGCCGACUCUCGCCACUUUUCUCUUACUCACUGAGACACCGGUGUCUGAGAAACCUCGCAUCACGAUUUUGGAGAGAGCACCAGUUUUCCGUCCUCAGGGCCAGAACAUCGAUGUUCGAGGUGCGGGUGUGACCAUCAUCCGCAAACUCGGACUCGAAGCCGCCAUACGUGGUGCCACCACAGGCGAAGAAGGCGUGCAUUUCGUUGAUAAGAAUGACCAAAUUUGGGCCUCUUUCGGGGCCGACAAGAGUGGUAGAACACAAACUCCCACAAGCGACAUCGAGAUUUUGAGAGGCCGGAUGGCAGAUUUGUUGUACAAGAAGAGUCGACAGGUUAGCAAGGCGGUGCAAGAUGAAGGUGGGGCCGGGAUUGAGUACAUCUUCGGGGACUACCUGGAUCAGCUGCAACAGGAUGGGGACAAAGUCCAUGCCCACUUCACGAAGAGUGGUGAAAGACGGACUUUCGACAUCGUUGUUGGAGCUGACGGUCUCCAAAGCGGGACCCGAAAACUGGCUUGGGGGCAAGAAGGUGACGAGGACAGGAUGAACAGACUCGGCAUGUACGGCGGUUUCUUCAGCAUGCCGCGUGGCCCCACAGAUUCGGAAUGGCGCCGGUGGUUCCAUGCCGAAGGCCGCCGUGGAAUCAUGAUCCGUCCGUCAGGUUUGAAGGACCGGACGACGGUCUUCAUGGCCAUUGUCAACGACCAAGAUGACAGACUUCGGGCAGCCGCAGAGAGAAAGGGGGGAAGCACUACAGCGCAAAAAGCGAUUCUGAAGGAAUACUUUGAGGGUUUGGGGUGGGAGACUGAUCGAAUCAUCAAGGAGAUGAUGGCGACUGAUGACUUCUACUACGACACCAUCAGCCAGAUCAAGAUGGACAAGUGGAGCAAGGGCAGAGUUGUUCUCCUGGGAGAUGCAGGAUACUGCGCGAGUCCGUUGUCAGGCAUGGGAACGACCCUGGCACUGAACGGCGCCUACAACUUGGCGGGCGCUAUCACACGAUUCCCGAACGACUUGCAAGCCGCCUUCGAUCAAUAUGAGGAGAAGAUGCGGCCGACGGUUGACAAAGCGCAGCGUUUGGCACCGGGCAUGCCUCACCUGUUUCAUCCAGAGACGGCCUGGGGAGUCUGGAUGUUGAACAUCUUCGUGUUCUGCCUUUCAUGGUCAGGAUUGAUGGCGCUUGCGGUGAAAUGGGGGCCGCCGGCUAACGAGGUUCCCGUUGAGGAGUAUGGCUUCAGAUCUCUCCCAGAGGAGCAAGUGCUAUGA